AUGGAAGUUCUUGGAUGUGUGUCAAGCACCCUAGGCUUGUGUUGCUGUCUACAUGAAGUAAUUAGAGAAAAUUAUAAACACUUCAGAGCAUCCAGGAGGAGUAUUCAACAACUGGAUAAUUCGAGGCAAGAGUUGGAUGCUCGUAAAAGAGAUGUUGAACAUGAAGUAAAUCGAUUGUGCAGUCAAAACAGAGCACAGCCAACAAAUCUAUGUAAUUUCUGGUUUGAGAAAGUUGAUGGGGUAAAGACAGAAGUUAACAAGCUCUUGGAUGAAAAUGGCUCACAUAGAGGAUGCUGUUUCAUUUGUUCAAGAAUCAAAAUGGGGAAGCUUAUUGAGAAGAAGAUUAGAGAUAUUAAUGAACUUCUAGAUCAUGUUCCACCUUUGGAUCAUUUAAUUGUUCCUAUAAACAAGGUUGGUGAUGUUUUGUCUGCAACACCAAUGGUGGAAUAUGAAACACAUAAACAAAUUCUUCUGAAGAUUGGGGAAUUCCUACUUGACAAAAAAGUCCGAAGGAUUGGUGUCUGGGGAAUCGGAGGAGCAGGUAAAACAACUAUCAUGUCAGAGAUUCACAACCGCCUAGUGAAAGGAAGGAGUCAAUUUAAUUGCAUUAUUUGGGUGGAAGCGUCAAAGGAUCCAAGAAAGGUGCAACAAGAUAUAGCUAGGAGAUUAGGUUUGAUUUUUCAAGAUGCUGAUGAUGAAAGAGCAAGAGCUUCUAAAUUAUUAGAAGCUUUUGAUAGGAAGAAGACAUUUGCACUGAUUUUGGAUGAGGUUUGGGAGCCACUCUCUAUUGAAGAAGUUGGAAUUCCUUUUCCAACAGCAGAGAAUGGUUCUAAAUUAGUGAUAAUAACUCGAAGCCGUACAGUGUGCAAAGACAUGGAAACAGACAAGGAUGUCGAAGUGAAACUUCUUCCAGAGAAUGAAGCAUGGAAUCUCUUCAAUGACAAAGCUGGGGAACUUGUGCCAUCAGAUCCAAAUGUACAAUCAAUUGCAAUGGAAGUGGCGAAACAAUGCUGUGGUUUGCCUCUAGCUAUUGUUACAGUUGGGCGUGCAUUGAGAAAUACAGCAGAUAUAAGAGAGUGGGAGGAUGCAUUACAAGAGUUAAGAACUUCAACUACUGGUAUUCACAACUUUGAGGAAGUAGUAUAUUCUCGUUUGAAGUUGAGCUAUUCAAAACUAGAGGAUGAUGCAAGGCGGUAUUGCUUUCUGUUUUGUGCUUUAUACCCAAAAGGUCAUCUAAUUGAUGAGAAUGAAUUGAUUAAUUACUGGGUAUGGGAAGAUUUAUUAGGUGGCGGAAGCAUGGCCAAGAUGAAACGAGAGGGGCAAAAGAUUAUACGCCAAUUAAUAUCUGCUUGCUUGUUGGAAUUAAAAAUUGGGAAUGGGGUGAGAUAUGUGAAAUUGCAUGAUUUGAUAAGAGAUAUGGCCCUCACAAUCAUGAGUACAAAGCGUAGAUGCAUCGUGAAAGCUAGCAUGGGACAAGUAAAACUGCCGCCCCCUCAGGAAUGGAAAGAUGUUCAGUGGGCAUCAUUGAUGCGAAAUGACGUGAAAUAUAUAGGAUUCAAUCCAAUCUGUCCCAGACUCACUUCUUUACUCCUUCAAUGCAACUCAUUUGAACAAAAUAUAUCAGAUGACUUCUUUGACAAUAUGCAAGGGCUAAAAGUUCUUGAUCUCUCCAAUACUGGGAUCAGUGCUCUGCCUAUGUCUCUUUCAGAUUUGAAGAAUCUACGUGCCUUGAUAUGUAGCCAAUGUUGGAAUCUUAUUCGUGUUCCUUCUUUAGCGAGGCUCACAAAAUUGGAGUAUUUAGAUUUUUCAGUUUCUAGAAGCUUGACAGAACUCCCAGAAGGGAUGGAACAUUUGACCAGUCUGAGACACCUGGAUUUCUCCUUCACAUGCGUCCAAAGCUUAGGAGCUGGACUCUUGUCCAAAUUUACUCUUCUAGAGGAGUUGUUGAUUCUGGCUAUGUGA